GCGGCGCGGCGGGGCCGGAGCGGAGCCGGAGCGGAGAGCGGUGACACAGCGGGGACCGUGAGGGGACAGAGCGGGGACACAGCGGUGACACAGCGGUGACACAGCGGGGACCCAACAGCCGCAGCCAUGUCGAUCAUGUCCUACAACGGCGGGGCCGUCAUGGCCAUGAGGGGCAAGGACUGCGUGGCCAUCGCCGCCGACCGGCGCUUCGGGAUCCAGGCGCAGACGGUGACCACGGACUUCCAGAAGAUUUUCCCCAUGGGCCAAAGGCUCUACAUCGGCCUGGCCGGGCUGGCCACGGACGUGCAGACCGUGGCACAGAGGUUGAAGUUCAGGCUCAAUCUGUACGAGCUGAAGGAAGGGAGGCAGAUCAAGCCCCAGACCUUCAUGAGCAUGGUGUCCAACCUGCUCUAUGAGAGGAGGUUCGGUCCGUACUACACGGAGCCGGUGAUCGCGGGGCUGGACCCGCUGACCCUGGAGCCGUUCAUCUGCUCGCUGGACCUGAUCGGCUGCCCCAUGGUCACCGACGACUUCGUGGUCAGCGGCACCUGCUCCGAGCAGAUGUACGGCAUGUGCGAGUCCCUGUGGGAGCCUGACAUGGAGCCCGAGCACCUGUUUGAGACGAUCUCCCAGGCCAUGCUCAACGCCGUGGACAGGGACGCCAUCUCCGGCAUGGGCGUGGUGGUGCACGUCAUAGAGAAGGACAAGGUCACCACCAGGACGCUGAAGGCUCGCAUGGAUUAGCCUGGCUCAGCUACUCAGGACUUUUUAAAAUAAAAUAAAACAAAAAAAACCC